AUUCCACGUAAAUCUGAUUCAUUUCCCUUUCCCCCCUUUUUUUUUUUUUUUCUUUUUCUAUAAUCAUCAAUUCCGCCAUCGGCUCCGCCACAUCUAACGGCAUUUGCCGCCGCGUAAACGUCGCCGACACGUUCGCCAUUUCGCUAACUUUUUUCCACCCCUAUUUAUACCCCCGCCGCCGCUAAACUCGCCGUCACAUUUUUCAAUUUUCCCCCCUAUUUCUAUACUGGAACAAAAAUUAGUCUAGAUCAAUGGCGACUAACACUAAUUCAAAUCCAAAUACGGUGGUGAUCUUACCGGAAAUUGGCCCCGAUGGCAUUGCCAGAGAAUCGCCGGUCAUUGCUUAUACUGAAAAGAUUAUUGAAGAAGAACAGCUUCAAUUGAGAAAAUAUAUUGAAGAAAAUUAUUCCAAGAUCCGUGAUGUUGAAAAGGAAUUCGCAAACUUGUCAAUGGAGAUGAAGCUUACUGCUGGGCCAAAAAAAGCAGCACUUGAACUUAUGAGAAAGAAAAUAGAAAUGUCAACAGAGAGAAUCCGUGUUGCUAAGCUGAAGGAAGAACAAGCACGAAAGGUUUGGGAAGCAGCAUCACAGGCCGUUAAGGAUGAGGAGGCGAUCAAACAAAAACUUUGUGAGGAUUUGAAUGGCUUGGUUUUGGAAAGUAGUAAUAGUCAGCUAGCUAGAUUGGAGGAAUUGAAAAGACGGCUGGAAGCUUUGAAUCCAAGUAGAGCAUCCACUGCCUCUGCCUUUGACCAAAUUCCUGUGGGAUCUGUACAAAACAGUAUGGCUCAAGAUGUUUCCUCUGUAAAGGAUACACAAGAAUCGUUGAGCGGAUCAUCUGGAAAUACAUUGAAAGAAGGAAGUGCUAGAAGUGCUGCAGCAGAAAAUGGACAAAACCAAUCGCAUUCUCUUGAGGAAGUACGAGGUAAGAAGAAAAUCAGUGUCCAAGGAAGAGGAAAGGGAAUCGGCAUAAUACCUAAAAGUAGAGGCUCAUCAGGACCUGGUUGGACUGGAUCUGGGUUUGAUGUGGAUGGUAGAAGUUGAUAGCAUAAUACCUUGCUGAUUUUCAAUGAGGUACAUCAUCCAGUCCAAGUUGUUAAAUUCUUUACUCUCUUAUUCCUUGUAUUCAUUUCUGAAAUUCUAAUAACUUGUAAAUACGUUGAAAUAUAUAGUUCCUGAAUCCUGAAUCUUUCCUGUUUAAAUUGAUUUUAGUUUGUGUUAAUCAAGUUCAGCAGUCUUAUGA